AUGGAUUCACCAGAUGAUGAGAUCAACAAGCUCAUGGAUGAUUUCAAGAGUGUUCUCUCCCAGACCAUUCAUGAACGGGACAACAGAAUGCACCAAGAAAACGUUCAACUACGGGUGCAACUACGGGAGCAAAACCGGCGUAUCGAGAAGCUGGAAGCAGCGCUCCAGGAAUACCAAACACAAACCUUCGAUUCCAUCCCCACCGAAGAGCUGAGUGACGCUGCUAUUUCAGAACAAUACAGUGUCAUCCGUGAGCAUAUCUCAAACUGGGUCGAGUGCUUGCCAGACGUUCUUGAGUUCGAACGCAGUUUUGAGCAGGCCAUGUUGGAAUUUCAUCACCUGUUUAAUGGCAACGCCCUGAGCUAUUUACCGGAUGGUAAUCUCGAAUGGCUUUCCGUUGCUCAAAUGGAGCUUUUCAGUUCCACCAUUUUCCGGAGCCUGGAUUCUGCAGUCUUCGACCCUUAUAUCAUGGGAGCCGAAAGGCCGCAUUGUGUCCUGUUUGAUAAUUUGGAGCGAGAGAUGGCUUCUCUUGAGGUACCAAAGGGAGUGAUCACGUCUUGGAGAACAAAUACCAUCAAAGCAUACACAUCACGCCCACAGUAUGCCAGUUCUGUGAGGGACCUUCGCGAUAUGUUUCCCUCCGAUCUUCGCAGAUUCUUCUCUCGAUUCACUUUUGAGGAAAAUCCCAACAUCCGCCAAAGGUUCCAUAGCUUUUUUCAAGAGCAGAUUAUGAAUCCCACAUUGAAUCUGGCCCGUGGUAUGAAUCUGUCAUCUCAAACAUACCACGGGGAGUGGUACAAGCAUUUCAACAAAGAAGCAUCUGGGCUUGUAUACAAACGACACUUCGAGAAGUUCAUCGUCUAUGAUAUCAGGACGCACAACCGAGUUGCAAGCCCAAAUGAUGGCGCUUCCCAAGCUGCUGAGCAAAAGCCUAUUGCAAGAUAUCUUUUUACGAUUUAUCCAGCGUUGUUUCGAUCCACAAACGGCCAAUACAUUCAGAUUGAAAAGGCCACUAUUCUUGCAAUGGUCGUCCGGGAUAAAUCUUGA